CGUACACGGUGUACCUGAAGGCAACGUCACCCCUCAGCUGAAUGCACGCAUGUAAACAUUUUGUAACAAAUCAUGGCUUCUCCGUUGUUUAGGACUUUCUCAAAGUCUUGCAGACAGAUCUCUCGACAAUGGGGUGCAUGCCAGGCUGGAUGGAGGAGCAGGUCCACCAAAUCUGCCCCACAUGUGUCCUCAGAGCAGGCGGCUGGGGUGGUCGCCUUCCCUCCCCUGCAGACAUAUUCAGAGGAGGAGAGCAUGAUGAGGGAAGCAGUUAAAAAGUAUGCACAAGAGCGCAUUGCCCCAUUUGUGUCAAAGAUGGAUGAAAAUUCUGUCAUGGACGAGGAAGUGAUAAAAUCUCUCUUUGAACAGGGUCUCAUGGGAAUUGAGAUUGACCCAGAAUACGGUGGCACUGGCUCUACAUUCUUCUCCUCCAUUCUGGUCAUUGAGGAACUGGCGAAGGUGGACCCCUCUGUGGCUGUGCUCUGCGACAUCCAGAACACACUGAUCAACACACUGGUUUCCAAUCUGGGUACGCCAGAUCAGAAAGAGCAGUACCUCACCCGACUGUCAACUGACAUGAUUGGUAGCUUUUGCCUUUCUGAGGCAGCGUCAGGGAGUGACGCCUUUGCUCUGAAGACACGUGCUGAAAAACACAAGGACUAUUAUGUCAUCAAUGGAGCCAAGUUGUGGAUCAGUAAUGCAGAGCAUGCAGGUGUAUUCCUGGUGAUGGCCAAUGUAGACCCCUCCGCUGGAUACAGAGGCAUCACCUGCUUCAUUGUAGACCGGGACACGGAGGGACUUGAGAUUUGCAAGAAGGAGAACAAGCUCGGUCUGCGCGCUUCCUCCACCUGCCCGCUCAACUUUGACAAUGUCAAGGUACCAGAGCAGAACAUUUUGGGACACAUCGGUCAUGGGUAUAAGUAUGCCAUCGGAAUGUUGAACGAAGGCAGGAUUGGAAUCGCUGCUCAGAUGGUGGGGCUGGCACAGGGUUGCUUUGACCAGACUAUUCCUUACACAAAACAGAGGGUGCAAUUUGGAAAACGUAUCUUUGACUUCCAGGGCAUGCAGCACCAAAUAGCCCACGUAGCAACACAGAUUGAAGCUGCUCGGCUGCUGACGUACAACGCUGCUCGUCUGAAGGAAGCUGGCAGACCUUUCAUUAAGGAGGCCUGCAUGGCUAAAUACUUCGCUGCAGAGGUUGCAACCUUAACCACAUCUAAAUGCAUCGAAUGGAUGGGUGGAGUGGGCUUCACCAAAGACUACCCCAUAGAGAAAUACUACAGAGACUGUAAAAUUGGCACCAUUUAUGAGGGCACGACAAAUAUCCAGCUCACUACUAUGGCCAAGUUCAUUGAUAAGGAAUAUGACAGCUGAAAGCCAUGUGACUGGAGCCUGAUAGAUUGCACAACGCUAUAUUACACUCCGUAUUUUCUUUUUUGUCAAAUGACUUUGGUUGGAUUAAUGUAGCAGCAAUGCAUUACUGUAGACCUGCUGUUAUGUUUUUAGAGGUUUGUUGCAGAUGUUUGCCCUGAAUAUUACCAACUUGUACUCUUGUAAACUACAGUGCUUCAUUAUGUUGCUCCUUCUCAUUUCUGAUGUUACUGAUGUGGUUAUACUUGUUCAGCUUUAGGGUUAAGGUUGAUCUGGUUUAACGAUGCUUUUUACUUUCCAUUUGCUUUCUAAGAGACUUUUCCAAAAAUCCAGGAUUCAGAUGGUCAAAUGUAGAUUUACACUACUUCCUUCAUGUUCAUACAUGUCUUCUCCGCCUGCUUAUCAAUAAUGUACAAAUAACAUAUCUUAGCAUUUGUGCUUUGAUACAUCAUUUCAAUAUUAAAGUGUUACUUUCAGUA